AUGCUUCUGCACUAUCCUUGUGAAAUCGAUUGCAUGAUUUUACUUGCCGCCUUCGAGAUGAUAUCUUCAGAACUGAGACAGCACAGAAACAGCCCAGGAGAGUGGGUCGGAAAACAAUCGACAUGUAUUGCCCAACGCGAUAAACAGGACACGGUAGCGGGCUUUGCCACCGCAUGGGGGCGCUACGGUUAUACGAUGUACCAGGGUGUUCUUACAUCACGGUUCGACAUGUAUCGCCCCGAGCUCAAAGGGUGGGCCACGCUCACUAAGGCUGAGGCUCAAGCAUACAUUGUCGUCUCAGGAUUCCUCGAAAGUUGGCCUGACCUGGUAUAUAUCGCCAACGACAUCCGUAAGCACAAUGUCGACCUGAGGACCACGGAGCGUCUGCUGCGGUAUGACGUUUCCCCACCUUUUGGUUCGGAGCAUUCUGGUACCCAUUUCCGGCCAGGUUCCUUGAGGUUGGCUCCUAGAAUACAUAGACAACAGGAGACAGCGGAGUUCUGGUACCCAGUUCCGGCCAGGUUCCCUCGAGGUUGGCUCCUAGAAUGCAUAGACAGCAGGAGACAGCGGAGCAAGAUCCAUCGGUGGCUUGCGGCUCCCUUUGAUGCCUUAGGGUGGUACGCCCUGUCCUGGCGCUAUAUCAAGCCGCUGUGGGAGGAGGUGAUGGAGAAGCUCAGAGAAGAUGCUCGAGAGGAGGCAGGGCAAGGAAGAAUUCCAAACGGGCACGCCGAGAGUGCUAGUGCACCAACGCCCUAAGGAAAAAAAAGAGUAUCAGUGCUGUUGGGGACCCAAAUGGACUAUAUGCUGAUCGGAAAAGAAGCUUAUUUCUUGUUCGUCGUUUUUCCAGCUCUGUACUG